AAACCUUGAGCACAAAAACAGUUACACUGUAGUUCUUGUAGCAAAAUUUAUUUUCCUAUAGGAGUUUUGCGUGUGGUUACCACGAGUUUUCAAUAAACAACAGAUAAACCUUUGUUCCUAUAGUAAAACCAUGGUUAAUUUCCAUUAAACAUAUAGUGGUUACUACGGUUUUAUGACAAAUAACACAUUUAAACUCUUGUUCCGGUAGUUAAACCACAGUUAAUCUCUAUAAAAUAAAGUUUUAAUCGUGGUAACUGUGAUUUUACAACAAAUACUGCAGUUAGCUCUCAUUCUUGUAGUAAAACCAUGGUAGAUUUACAUGUGGUUAGUGCUUUUACAACAAAAACUAAAUUUCAGCUCUUGUUCCUGAAGUAAAACCAUAAUUUAUUUAAAUUAAAUACAGUUUUAUUUGUGGUCACUAAGACUUUCCAACAAAUCCCUCAGUUUUAAACUAGUAAAAUAUUGUAGUAAAAUAAUAAAAUACGGGUUUACUUGUGGUUACUAUGCUUUCACAACAAACACCACAAGUCAAAUAUUGUUACAGUAGUAAAAGGUAGCUUUACUUGUGGUUUCAAUGAUUUUACAUUGGAUACCAACAGUUAAACUCUUGUUCCUGCAGUAAAACCAAUUUUAGUGAAGGAUUGUGGUUACUGUUUUAGUGUGAAUUCAUUAGUUACACUACAAUUGCUGCUGCAGUAAACCCAUAGUUAUUGCCUCGUGCACCUUGCUGAAGGUGGCAUUGAGUUUCACUGGAGACAGAGACAGAGUUUAGAGGCUCAGACAGUGAGAUAGUGGGAUGGCCAGCCUAUCACCACCCUUCAACUUCUGCUUUCUCUCUGGCUCAGCGUCCUUCACUGUGCGUCUGGUGCCAUUCGGCUCCCUCUUCAACACGUGUGUGUGUCCAUGUGUCCACAGACGGCUCGCAGCGCUUGAUGAAGAACAUCAGAACCAGGCACAAACAGGGCUGAGAUGUGGGUGCGUGUAAUUGUGACCUCUGUGCUUCUUCUGUCAGGAGUCGGGGCAAGUAAAUUGCUGGUGUAUUUCUCCAGGACAGACAUCUGCGUUUGGGCUGGGACCACGGUAACAUUGCCGUGCCGCUACGAUUACCCCUCGCCCUCCAGCUCUACGCGGGUCAUGUGGUUUCACAUCUCUGUGGAGGGCCGACGGGAUGUUGCCUACCACACUGAUGGGAAUCUGUUGAGCCCCUCUUUCAGGGACAGGAUCAAAUACAUGGGGGGACACAAAAGAUGCAGUUUGCAGAUCACGAACGUUAAGCUGAGCGAUGCAGGAAUGUACCAUUUCAGAUUCGAGACCGACAACCAGGGGAGAUGGACCUCUCCUGAUGCCAUCACACUGUCUGUCACAGAGCUUCAGGUUCAUGUACAUCCUCAGAGAAUAGGCAACAUGUUUUCUGCUGGCGAGACGGUCUUCUUGAGCUGUGUGGCGCGAGGCUGUGCCGCCCCUGGCAGGAACUUUGCCCUUUAUCGGAAUGGGAUCAACUUGGGUCAGUCCAACAAGCUGUCAGCCAUCUAUAACUUUGACAGCCAGCAUGCAGGUACCUACACCUGCCGUCCAAUACCCCCUCAAAAUGUUCAGUCACCAGGACUCACCCUGGCUCUCGGAUAUGCUCCUCGCUACACCACGAUACAGAUGACCCCUCGAGAGGCAGUCGGGGAGGGCGAUUCGGUGACUUUGACCUGCAGUAGUGAUGGAGCUCCGCCAGCAGAAAGUUUCACUUGGUUUAAAGAAGGAGAGAGUGGCAGUGUGCCAGACAGCUUUCAACCUGAGCUGAGAUUGUGGAGUUUGGACUACAGGGACCAUGGAGAGUACUUCUGUGUGGCCCGCAACCCACUCGGCACAGACCGGUCCAGACCACUUUUACUCAAUGUUACCUACUCCCCAAAGAACACAAGAAUCCUCAUCAGUCCUAAAGGUGACAUCAAGGAAGGGUUUGCUGUCAAUCUUACCUGCAGCAGCAACGCUAACCCUCCCGUGCAGAAAUACGCCUGGUACAAAGUGAAUGGCGGUCAGCCCUGGACCAAAGGCACUUCACAAAAUCUCACCUUUGCUAGCGUGCGUUCCCAUCAUGCCGGACAGUACUACUGCACUGCGUGGAACGUGUUUGGCAUGGGGACAUCACCCACUAUUUCUCUUAUAGUACUCUAUGCCCCCCAAAACACCUCUGUGUUGGCUCGGCCUUCCACUGUGAUCGAAGCGGGCAGCUCGUUGACGCUGACCUGCAUCAGUCAGGCCAAUCCGGCGGUGGAGAACUACACCUGGCACCGGAUCAAUGCGGCUGACGCCUGGGAAACUCGAUCGGGUCGCAGCUACACCAUUGCUGAGGUCAGCCCUGGAGCCAGCGGCCAGUACUACUGCGAGGCCCGCAACCGCAUCGGAGCGCACAGCUCCCCGGUUCUGACUGUGAAAGUACGAGGCCGACUGAAAGUGAUCGCAUUGGCAUCUGCAGUGGGUGUUUCUAUCGGAUUGAUAUUUCUGACCGUGGUCGUCAUGAUCAGUAAAAACAUGCAUCGCGUGGACACUGAAAAUCUUGGGGAAGAAAAACAGUGUUCACCAGUAGUUGACUUGCCAGUGGACGAUUCUCAGUUUAGUGGAUCAACUUCAGAGAUGUUUUUCCUCAAGAGCACAAAAAUGUCAGACAUUCUGGAAGAGCCAGAGGAGAUUUAUGAAAGUAGCCACCCUUCCAUCGUGCCGCUGAAAGAAGCCGCUCAGAGCGCUGAGGAACAGGGAAAACUCAACUACAUUACGGUUAAUUCAGGCGAAGGUCACAAACAUACCUCUAGAUGGAGACAAGAAGCUCAAAGAUGGUCCUAAUGUUAUUUAUACUGUUCUUGACAAGCAACCGAGAGAGGAGAUGGAAGAAUCUGGAGUCUGAAGCAGUCAACUGAUGGAAGAAAUUGUAAAACCACACAGGGACUUUUUUUUUUAUUUUUUUUUUAUGUGCACUUAUGGACCACCUGAUGUAGCCUGGACACCAGAGACUGGAAAAUACACAUGGUACACCAGUGGAAAAAUAUCCCCACUGGAUGCUCUGUUUAAUUGUGUCCAGCUGCAGUUUAAUCAAAUCCAGCUGCUCUAAAUGACACACUACUGUUCAAAUGUUUGGGGUCAGUAAGAUUUUUUCAUUUAUUUUAAUUAAGAAUACAGCAAAACAGGUAUAUUGUGGAAUAUUAUUAUAAUAUAUAAUGACAUGUUCUUAUUACUUUUUAAAAUGUAUUUUUCAGCACUAUUGCUCCAGUGUCACAUGAUGCAUCAGAAAUCAGUCUAGCAUUCGGAUUUCUUAUUCUUGUUGAAAACAGUUGUGCUGCUUAAUAUUUUUGUGGAAACACAUUGUUUUUGGGAUUCUUAGAUAAAUAGAAAGUUCAAAAGAACUUUUGAAAAAGACAUUUUUGGAACAUUAUAAAUGUUUUACGGUCACUUUUGAUCAAUUUAAUGCAUCCUUGCUAAAAAAAAAAAAAAAAAAAUCAUUUCAAAAAACAAAUUUUACUGACCCUAAACAUUUGAAAGGUAGUAUAUCCGCUAUAUGUUUGAGUGUGACACGAUUAAACGCAUCAUAAAAAAUCAUCCCACAUAAAUAUUCGAUUUAAUUGAUAAAUUCAUGGGAAGCUACAAAUAAAUAACAUUUUCUUACAAUGGCAACAAAGGGUUUGUUUUCAUACAUUUUCUGGCAAUAAUACACAAUUUAUUGCAAUUGCUGAAAGUUUUAUUAAAGUACUGAGCUGUUUCGAUCCCAGAAAAUUGACCUUUGACCUUGUCACAUAAUACAAAGAAAAUAUAAUAAUAAUAUUACUGAGACCACAUGGGCUUUCCAUUGUUAUUUUUUAAAAACCUGGAACUGUGUGAAGAUUCUUUACAGAUUCAAGGUUGAGUAAAUAACAGAUGGAUAAUCAUGUUUUUUUUUAGGGUGAAAUGUUUCCUUAAUUAAUGUUUCUUCAUUUGUAAUGUGAUUAUUAAAAAUACCAAGUGCUUUUUUAUUAUUAUUAUUAUUUAACUUGAGGGUAGAACAAGAGGCAGUUUAUAAUGAUUUACAAUGUAAGAAUCCACUGUAUCUCUCCUGCUGGAUUCAUAAAUUACUAUCUUACUAUCUAAAUCUUUUUAAAGACUCUGUGAAGAAAGCAUGUUGUUCAGUCUCUUGUUCAGUGGAUGAGGACAGUGUGCAUCCUGAUAUGCAACACAGUGGCAGGGACUUGCAAAAUGUAAUAUAAUACUAAAGUUGAAAUAGGAAUACAAAAUGUAAAAAAUAAAUAAAUAAUAAAAUAAUGUAACAUUGUGCCGUUUGAUAUGCAGAAAAUAAUAUAAAUAGAUAAAUAAUAGACUCUGUGAUGGAGGCAAAAAUAAAUGCAUAAAUUGAUGUAAAAUGUAGCACGCAAACAGAAAAAAAGCAGAACUAUUGGUUUACAUCUCUGUU